UGAUUUUGAUGAUGGCAUUUCACAAAAUGCUAAUCGCUUGUUUUGUAAUACUUAUUUUAUUAAUUUUAACUUUAUGACUUACCAGCUACAUCAGUUAACUGUUGCAAUAAACAACAAAGCUAAUAAAACAGAACAAAACUGUUGAGGAAAGUCUGUAUGUUCCUCUGAGUAAAGUAAGUUUCUGCAGUAAACAGUAUGACACUCUGAACUUUAACGGUUGAGUGAACUGUGAUUUAAUCAACUCAGAGCAUUUAAGACGAGGUUAGCAAAGGAGACGUUCAGUUUGUCAACAGAACCGAUUUUCCAUUGAUGUGUUUUGAGGACUGAGAGACUUUCUGUCUGUGCUUUGGAGACUGUUAACUGUGAGAAACAAAUGGAUCUGAUCUGCUGCAGCAGGCGGUAAAGCUGGACUCAGAAUGGCUGUCUCUCUUUGUUAAAAGGUUUUGCUUUUAUAAAGAAUCUGCUUUUUCUUACAAACUUUCAGCCAACAUGAAAAUCGCAGCUUUUAAUAUUCAGAAGUUUGGACGGAGCAAAGUGUCGGACCCAGAUGUUCUGAAGAUCCUCGUUAAGAUUAUUUCCCGUUAUGACAUCAUUGUGAUCCUGGAAGUCGUGGACAACACCAAGGAAUCAGUGGCCGCUCUGAUGCAAGCGCUCAACAAACCGGAACGGAAACAUCACUACGCUCUGAGAAUCAGCACUCGCCUGGGCCGUACGAGCUACAAGGAGCAGUUCAUGUUCCUGUACAGGGACGACAUGGUUAAACUGGUGGGAACGUACCAGUCUGAUGAUGAGAAGACUAAAGGACAGGACAACAUCGACAGAGAUCCGUAUAUCCUUCGAUUCAGUUGCCCAAAUACAGUUCUGAAAGAUCUGGUGAUGAUCCCAGUUCACACCAAACCAGAAGACGCGGUGAAGGAACUGGACGAACUCUACGACCUCUUCGUUCAAGUCAAGGAAAAGUGGAGGACCAACAACGUGAUGAUCCUGGGCGACUUUAACGCCGACAGACCGUAUGUUCCCAAGACGAAGAUGAAGGACAUCCGAAUCCGCAGCGACGAAAACUUCCACUGGCUGAUCAAAGACGGUGUGGACACGACAGUGAGCCCCGAAAACACCAACACAUACGACAGGAUUGUCGUUUAUGGAGACAAAAUGGAUCAGGCUGUUGUUCCAAAUUCCGGUAAAACCUUCAACUUCCAGGAAGCUUACAAGCUCUCCGAUGAGCAGGCUCUGAAAGUGAGCGACCAUUAUCCAGUGGAGGUGGAGCUGAAGAUUUUGGUGGAAAGACAAGAUGAUGGUGAUGGUCUGACAGACAUGGCAGGGGGGGCUCAAGCUUAACGAUGAAAACAGAAAGGGAGAAAGUACUAUAAUCUCAUUUUGGCAUCAUGGCUACUGAAAGCUGCAAGGGAGUGUUGGCUGUGCCUCUAGGAAAC